GCAACUAAAAUUCUGAUUUCCUUCUUUGAAAUUCUUCUUAUUCUGUUUCUUUGAUUUGGUUUUCUAUCUUUGGAGAUGGGGAAUUGCCAAGCCGUAGAUACGGCGACGUUGGUGAUACAGCAUCCAAGUGGGAAGGUGGAGAGGCUGUAUUGGCCGGUGAGCGCCAAUGAGGUUAUGAGAACCAACCCAGGUCACCAUGUUGCUCUCGUUCUCACCUUCUGCCUACCUCCUCCCUCCUCCUCCUCCUCCCAUAACAAUGAUAAUAAGCACAGGGAGGACAAAGAGAAGGACAAGCAAGAACCCCAGCAGCAGCAGGAGCGCCCCAUCAACAAUAACAAUGAGGUUCGCAUCACCCGUGUUAAAGUACUUCGCCCCACCGAUACUCUGGUUCUAGGCCAAGCUUACCGCCUCGUCUCUUCCCAAGAGGUUAUGAAAGGGUUGUGGGCGAGGAAGUAUGCAAAGAUGAAGAAGGAACGCAACACCCAAUCAAACGACAAGCCCCUCAAGCCCAGGCCAAAGCAACAGGGCUCUUCACCAUGUGAGACUGAGACUGAAUCAACAAGCCCCCAAUUAGACAAUCCCAAUCAGCUUCAGGUGGCAAAAAAUGAGAGACACCGACCAAGGACCGCUUCUGCUUCAGCACCCUCUGCUUCAACCAGGUCAAGAACGUGGCGCCCCUCCUUACAGAGCAUCUCUGAGGCCGGAAGCUGAAAGCUGAUGAUGAUGAUGAUGUCAAAAUAUUUCCCCCUUCAUCAGAAGAGACUGCGGUCAGCAAACAGAGCAAUGAACUACCUAAAUAGGUGGACUCUGUCAAAGGUUGGAAAUAAAAAUUGUAUCUGUGUAGAUGGGUAAUGGGUGAUGCCAAAUCUACCUGCAAGAACAGCUCACAAAUCUAAAACUGAUGCAAGAGCAAUAUAGACCCUUUGUAUAGCUAAGCAGAAGAACAUUGCCAUCCAAAGUCAUAAACACUAUUUUUGCUCAAUGAAUUUACAUUUUGUCUUAAAGAUUAUAGGUCAACAUCAUAGAUGUGUUAUUGUUUCUCUACGUUUUCUAUAGAUGAGAAAACCCAGUAACCUCAAUAUGCCUGCCUAUGGGAGUUCCAGGCUUCCCAGAUAUAGUUUUGAGCCCAUAAAAGUGCAGCUUGUGCAGCUACAGGUGCUCCUGGCACUUUCUUC